GGGAAUACAUUGGUGCAGGAGAGACUCAUUUUAAUUCUGGGUCUGCGUAUUAUACAAACAGCUCUGAAUGUCUGCGGGCCACAUGUUUGACAACCUGCAAUAGAGGAUUAGAAUAUUUCCAAUGUUUCCAGGACCACGCAAAACACAAGAUUGUUUAAUGUAGUUAUUAAAUCUUCCUCUCUCUGUAUAUACCCGUAUACAUAUACAUAUAUACAGUAUACAGUGUAGUUAUAUAUAUUAUUUCAAGUUAUUUACAAGACUGUCCUAUUUACGUUACAAUGUCGCCUCUCAGCGGUCAGACACUGUUACAGCAGGUAGGGGCAGGCAGUAAGUAGACAGUGGUACAGCUCAUCCCUGUCUGGAGCACAUACAGACGGCAGCCCUAUGUCUGUGCGGUCACAACAGGCCACUGACCACACAAUGAAGGACGCAGCUUUGCUGCUGACCUUGUCCGUUCAUCACACAAUCUUUUAAAAUGCAUUGUUUGACAUGUCCCGUGCUUGAAGAUGGCGGAAUCGGAUAGUGGGGAUCUUACCUCGAAACUGUCUGAGAGCAGCAUGGCUAACAAGAACAGCACCUUGCGCUGCACUUUCUCAGCCCCGAGCCACAGCACCACCCUCCUCCAGGGCCUGUCUCUGCUGCGGGCUCAAGGUCAGCUGGUGGAUGUGGUGCUGGCCAUCAACGAAGAGCGCUUCCAGGUCCACAAAGCUGUGCUCGCUGCCUGUAGUGACUACUUCAGAGCCAUGUUCACCAGAGGCAUGAAGGAGUCGAAGCAAGACACUAUAGAGCUGAGGGGUUUGUCUGCUCGUGGCCUCAAACAUAUCAUUGACUUUGCCUACAGUGCCGAAGUCACACUAGACCUAGACUGUAUUCAGGAUGUCCUUGGAGCAGCUGUGUUUCUUCAGAUGAUUCCAGUGGUAGAGCUCUGUGAGGAGUUCCUCAAGUCCACCAUGAGCGUGGAGACCUGCCUGCACAUUGGCCAGAUGGCCACCACUUUCAGCCUGUCUUCCCUAAAAGAGUCUGUGGAUGCCUUCACUUUCCAUAACUUCCUCCAGAUUGCAGAAGAGGAGGACUUCCUGCACAUUCCCAUGGAGCGCCUUGUCUUCUUCCUGCAGAGCAACAAACUGAAGAACUGCAGGGAGAUCGACCUCUUCCAUGCCGCCAUCCGGUGGCUCCAGUACGACAAGUCGCGCCAAGCUCAAGCCAGCACAGUUCUCGCUCAUGUCCGCUUCCCACUCAUGCGCUCCUCUGAGCUGGUGGACAGUGUUCAGACAGUGGACAUCAUGGUGGAAGACGUGCUCUGCCGUCAGUAUCUCCUUGAAGCCUUCAACUACCAGAUACUUCCAUUCCGACAGCAUGAGAUGCAGUCUUCUCGGACACUCAUUCGAUCUGACAUCAUCUCACUCAUAACCUUUGGUGGGACGCCCUACACAGACAACGAUCGCACUGUGAGCACAAAAGUGUACUUUCUUCCAGACGUUGCUUCACGCCAGUUUAAAGAGCUGACUGAGAUGGAGACCGGCUGCAGCCACGCUUGUGUUGCUGUACUCGACAACUCUGUCUACCUUGUCGGUGGUCAGCACUUACAAUACCGCAGUGGUGAGGGUGCAGUGGACACCUGCUUCCGCUAUGACCCACAUCAGGGCCAGUGGUUGCGCAUUCAAUCAAUGCAGGAAGCCCGCAUUCAGUUUCAACUCAGCGUGCUUAAUGGCCAGCUGUACGCCACAGGGGGGCGCAAUAGAUCUGGGAUUCUGUUAUCUGUGGAGUGUUACUGCCCAAAGAAGAACAAGUGGACAUAUGUGGAACCGUUGAAGCGUAGAAUUUGGGGUCAUGCAGGAAGUCCUUGUGGGGAUAAGCUGUAUAUCUCUGGAGGAUACGGCGUCUCACUGGAGGACAAGAAAAUUCUCCACUGCUAUGAUCCAUUGAGUGAUCAGUGGGAGUUUCGGUGCCCAAUGAACGAGCCAAGAGUGUUGCACAGCAUGAUCAGUACCCAAGACCGGCUGUAUGCUCUAGGUGGUCGCAUGGAACACGUGGACCGUUGUUUCGAUGUCUUAGCGGUGGAGUAUUACCUUCCAGAGAAUGAUCAGUGGACCACUGUCAGUCCAAUGAGAGCAGGGCAGUCUGAGGCAGGCUGCUGUCUCCUGGAAACUAAAAUCUACAUCAUUGGUGGAUACAACUGGCACCUGAACAAUGUCACGAGCAUCAUACAGGUCUACAACACAGAAACGGAUGAGUGGGAGCGGGAUCUGCACUUUCCAGAAUCUUUUGCUGGCAUUGCUAGUACACCAAUUAUACUUCCACAAAAUGUCACACAACUCUAACCUACUACUGUGAAUAAUUUGAUUCUAUGUGGUCUUUCUGCCAGCUGUUACACCAGCACAGGAGUAGUGUUCAUUUAAUUCCUUACCAGAAGGAGUGAUGUUUUUACUCAGCAGCACAGAAAAAAAUAGUUAUUUUUAUGCCUUAAACUUUUAUUUUUAAAAGUAUACCAAUAUUUGGUUGAUCCUUAAAAAAAUUGGUAAAAAUCCACCAUAAUGGAUUAGUUAAUUUAAGGCUUUGUUUCCUAUUCCCUUACAUCUUUGGCUAUGUAAAGAUUUUUUUUUAAUCCCAAUUUUAUUAAUGUAAUGAAAAGCACAGUAUGAAAUAAGCUUGCUGAUUUAAUAAUUUAUGAAAGUACAGGUAAAACCUGUUUUUCAAACCCUGAUUUUUUUUUCCCAUGCUGACUUCUUAUUUUUAAUUCAACCAACAAUGUUGUGUUGUGUGUUUCCAGGUGUAUCGAUGAUCAAAAACACAGAUUAUUGUGUGUAAUUAAUUGCACUUAAGAAUAAGAAUGUUUCACUUAAUUCAUUUUUUUAAUUAAGUUUUUAUUUUGUUUUUUACAUUUUUGUGUAUUUUACUGUAAGGUCUACUACCCGUAGCAGUCAUUAACUACAAGUUGCUGCAGGCAGCUACACAAAUAAUUCACAUGUUUUCCAUAAUUUCAGUGUUUUGUUGCUUUUUAGCCCAAUGUUGAAUUCAAGUCAAUAUAGGCAUUUGUUAGGUAAGGAUCUAAAACUGGCUAUAUACCAUUAUACAGUAAUAUUGUCUUUUGGCAAACUUCCUGUUUACCUCUGCUGAUCACAUUCCCUUUCUUCCACUCUGUCAGCCAGUGAACACAGAAGAGGCGAUUAAUUUAAACAGCCUAUAGAGCAGAGAGGACUGACUUGUUGUGAAGUCUACCUUUAAGGUGGCCACAGCACAUGCUGCUUUUAUUUGAACAAAUUCUUGCACUUUUCACAUGGUUGUUACGAACCACAUCUGACUCUGCUGCUAAAUUAACCCAUGUUUAUUAUGUAUGUAAUUCUUGUAAUUUUCUUUCAAAUCUGACUGUUUGUAUGUUAUCUUUCUAAAAGUCCUGUCUUUUGUAAAAGCACAUAGAGGUGAAGUGCAAUAUUAGACCAAUCACAGUUGUCAAAGAGGAAUGUAUGCAUAAUGUAGCUUUAUCAUCAUCAUCCAUUAUUAAAGCUAUAUAGAAUGUUUGUUGGUCUCUGUAGUGUGUUUAUGGUUGUUUGUGUUCAUUAAGACCCUCGUAUCCAUAUAAGACUUUGUUCUCCAGUCACACAUUAUUCUUUAUCAAUAAAAGACCCAAGGAAAACAA